AUGGCGCGUUCACAGCGGGACGAGCGACGAGCACAGCACAAACGGUGGAGCAAUAUCAACAACACGCAGAGGACAGCGCGGGUGGGCACGCCCACGAUGGCCAGGGCGAAAGGAAGUCGUGAAGGCAAGCAGCGGCAAGCAAUUAGCGACCUCAAUCGCUUCCGCGAACCAACUGCCACCUCAGGUGGCACGGAAGCCUGGAAGCAGAUCGCAAGCGAUGGCGACGACACCAAUGACAGCAACGAUAGCAACGUUGGAAACGAAGUGACAUGA